UGUUGUGUUUGCAAGGCGACGUGGAGAUUGCGGGUGGCUCGGGAGGCGUGAACAGGAUCGUUCAUCGCCACGCGGCGCGACGAGAAAUGGGCUGAUCCGGGCGUCGCAACUUCUUGCCGAGCGAUCCGCACCAGCCAUCUCUUCUCAAGACGCAACAUCAAUGGCAGCGGGACGCCAUCAGCAAGAUAGAAGCAGAUAGCGCUCGUCGCUAAAUCAUGAACAGGGCAAGGUCCCAAACCCACCAGUUUCCCUGGCUCACCGACUCUGGCGAAGGCACGACCGGAGCUUCUCGCUCACCUGGUGCUCCAGAUUGGCGUCGUAUUCUCUAUCGGGAGCAGUCGUCCUAUCCCGAUAACUACCUGCCCCCGCAAGCCUGGCUUACGCGGCGACAAAAGACCAGACUUGAAGCUCCUCCAACACAUCUUGGCAUCUUGAUUGCUCUCUUACCACUGGUCCAGGGCUUGAAUGUCAUCCUCGUCUUCUUGGCCGUCUUUCAGCGGCUAGAACAGGGGAAACUUUUUCCAGUCGUUCUGACCGCGCAAUGCUUUGCCGCUCUCGCGGUCGCCUCGCUCGUCGGUUGGCUACAUCGUCGUCGAUGGUCCUCGCAAGAUUCGGCUCAUCAAAUCCGUAGCGCAAGUCCAGCACGCGCCUCGUCCCCUUCCCUGAUCAUCUCCUUUGGCAUCGUCCUACUUCUCCUGUACGCUCUCUCGCCCGUCCUCAAGACUUUGACAGAGGCUACGUCAGGGGACACCAUCUAUCCGCUGGCGUUCUUGCUAUUUGCGCUGCAUAUCGCCUUGGCUGAUAACACCCUGCCUAGCCCGCCCUCACGCACGGCAAAAGAGAGAAGGGCAGUCGAGUCGCGCAGUCAAGAGCUAGCAGGGCAGGACGUCGGCAAGGAACAAGAAUCAAGAAAGAAGCAGCGCAAGGCAAACAGCAGCGCAAGAUCGCCCACCGAUCUCUCCUCGGCCCUCAGCUUGAACGCAGCCACCUCAGCCUCGCUAGUCUUAGCUUCCCGACUUCCCUCGAACGAACAUGUGUUCGCCCUCCUCUUCCUCGCUGUCCUCUGCUUCGGCCUCCUCCCGAGGGUUACAUCGUGGCUGCUGCUAGGCUACGCAGCGCCUCGAGACGAACCACGCAGAACUCGCGCGCCGCCCCUCCUCCUGGUCAUCUGGUCAGUUCUCUUCUUGCCUUGCCUCGCACUUUACCUCGCCCUGACCGGUGUUGGUGAAAAAGGCAGCCGCUCAUUUCUCGUACCCACGACGAUGCUCAUCAACGUCUUUGUGCUCCUCGUCGUCCCAGCAUGGAUGCGUAGCUGGUACGCCAAGCCUGGUGGGCCGAUGACGGGGCUGACGGGGCCUUGUAAGGUUGCGAAGCCGGACAAGCGAGAAGACGAGGAGUAGGAGGCGAGGUAGAAGCAGCAAUAGCGAAGCAUCGUAGCAAACAUC